UCUGGCAACCGGGCCAAUCAGCUCCAUUCGUUUCUUCCUUAUUGACAAUCUGAAAACAUCUGAUCUGACAGAACCAGGACGUUGCGGAAAUCACCAAAUUUUAUUGUGAUUGCUCUAGUCACUGACAAAAAUAUUCCUGACUCAUUCGAGGACCCCGGACCAUCUUUAUAGGACCUAGAUCCAUCUCAUCGCACGUUUCAUACCAUAAUGUUGACAUUAUUAGAUAGUUUUUUAAUUUUACUUUCUAGGAACUGAAGAGGGGGUGCAAGUUGCCAUGAGACGAAAGCAACAGUCUGAACAGAGGGCUGGAUUCUCUGAACACCGUCAGAAUCAGAUUUCUCGUUUUGAUAGCCCAAAUCAUGAAAUGUGCCGUCUUUGUGGUGUGGAGAAUCAUAACUAUUUAGACAUUUUUGGGGAUCAUGGAAUCAAACGAAACCUUCCCUUUCUCGUCAAGAACUACCUUAGUAUAACUGUAUUUGAGGAUGACAAGUUUUCCAGAUUAAUGUGCACAAAAUGUUGUUGUCAUCUAGAGACGUUCCACCAAUUUUUUAAGUGCGUCAAAGAAGUGCAGAGGAAACUAGAUGAGCAAAAGUGUUGCAUAAAUGAUUUUUCAGCACCUAAGAUUGAAACUAGGGUUUCUGGUUCUGACCAAGACGAGAGAGUUGACAAUUCAGUAGAAGCAAAACAUCUUGGACCAAUAAAUAUGCAAGAAAGAGAUGCCAUCGCCCUUGGAAUAUUAAAUAAUAUUUCCAUAGACUCCUCUUCUGAUGAAUAUGAUGAGGCAGAUGGACCGGUUAAAAUCAAGGUUGAAGGCAAAGAGUCUGAAGAAGAAUGUGAUGAUGACCAGGCAAACACAACAAGCGAAGAUGAAGAUGCCGAUGGGACGUCGACAUCAAAGCGCCCUGAGUUCAAAGAGCAAGAGCGAGAUUUAGCCGAAUUUUUCAAAAUAGUCUGCCACGAAUGCGGGACAAAAUUCCACUCUUUGUCUUUGCUGACCACUCAUUGCAAAAAAGCGCAUGACUCCAUUCCUAAGAUUUAUUGUCACUGUGGGAAAUCGUUUGAACGACGCACUCAUUUGAUAAGACAUAGGAAUCAACACCUUGGAGUCCACCGAUACAAGUGUGAAAUGUGCCAACGUGGUUUUCACUAUAAAUUCAUGCUUCGGUCGCACAUGUACACUCAUGGACCAGACAGUGACAAGCCCUUUGAGUGCGAUGAGUGCCGCAAGAGGUACAUCACCAAGUCCGCCUUGGUGAGCCACAAAGUGUCAAAGCAUGCGCCACCGAAAGCUAGAGUAACAUGCGAAAUCUGCGGCAACACGUUCAGUCACCCCAACUGCUUAUACACUCACAAAAGAACAGUGCACGGGGACCAAAGGCAUUUUGUCUGUCACGUCUGCGGCAAAACGAUGUCCACGUUGGGAAAUCUUAAGGGCCAUCUGGAGACUCACAAGGAAUCUUGCAAUAUCCAGUGUGAAUUUUGUGGCAAAAGGUUUAAAACGAGAAUGCGCUUGGUCCGCCACAUGGAAUACCACAACGCGGUCGUUCAUGAAUGCUCAAUUUGCAGGAAAAAGUACCAAACUCGAGGGUCACUUAGGGCUCAUUUACUAGUUCACAGUGAUCAACGACCUCACAAAUGCAACUUGUGUGAAAAGUCUUUCAAGCGGAGCAAGCAACUCAAACUUCACGUAUACCAACACACAGGAGAGCGUCCCUACAAGUGUCCUUUUUGUCCAAAAACCUUCACCAACGCAGGCAACAGGGCCACUCACAAGAGACGAAUGCAUGCUAAGGAAACGCAUCAAGGCCAGGCUGCAGAGGGAGGCACAGAUGUGAUUCUCCAAGAAAACGAGACUGCCAUGAUAAACAUGGGAGAUCAGGGACAUUUGCAGACUAUGACCGCCGCACUGAACCAUCCAUCAAUGGUCAUGGGAGGCCUGCUAAUUCCGGCAAAUCUACAGGCACCUUGUUUGGACCCUUCAGAUCUCUUAGUUCAUGCACUCGAGGCGCAAAACUAUUGUCCAACAAUAUGAGCUGAGCAUACCAACCUCUACUGCAAGCAAUCCAAUUCAGCAAAGCUCUUUAAUGUCACAAAAAACGUCAAAUUGUUAUUUGCUCGUUUUUUAUUUUAUUUGUUAACCAAAAUAAAUUAAAAAUCAGAAUAA